AUGGCAUUAGAUGCUAAUCCGUUAACACUCAAUGCAUAUCACCACAUUAAGACAGAGCGGGGGCUGGAUUCACCAUGGAACGCCCCCGCAGCAACUCGGAGCACUGGAGGAGCCAGCACGCGACUAAAUCCAGCCGCUACUGUAGCGGGCUCACUGCACAGAGGCUGGCAUAGCAUCCCGCACCCUCUUUCCUCACCGGAGAUGCUUCGAGCUGGUUUCAAAGUACUCAUGGACGAGAAACCGGCUCCAAUUGGGUUUUUCGCCAGUGCUAGACAUGAUUUGGUCCACAACCCCUGCCUUGAAGUGCCCCCCGUUGGCCCAGUUGGUAUUCCGAUCAGUCCCCUCGUGACGGAUGCCAUCGUGAAACAUUGCCGGACCUUGCCGUCCGGAGGUUCGUUCGUUCAAGGAGUUGGCCCCGGCGUAUGCGAGCUUGAUCCCGGACAGUUCGAGCUCCGAAAUCCUCAAUGGUUCAUUCAGGCUAGAGUGAUCAUGAAGGAACUGCUGGAGAAAAUGUUUCCCGAUAAAUCGUCCCUGCAAAUGAAGAUGGAACUAGACAAAUGUCUGGUUAUCCCACCGGGAGCCUGUUUCCUGCAGACUCAACGCCAGGAAACAACGGAGUCCGUGUUUGGAACCAUGGCUAUAUGCCUUCCUUCGAACCAUGAUGGGGGUGACAUUGCCGUCUCGUACCGCGGCAUGUCCAAGACGUUGACUCCGUCUAACGACCCCGACUUUGCGUUUUCAUGUGCUGCUUGGUCUGUUUUUGCUGAACCUGUAGGGCAACCAGUCACCUCCGGACACCAGAUUAUUCUUACAUACAAGUUGAUUCAUCAUCCAACUUUUGUUGAUCUCAAGUCUCGGCACGAAGGCGCGGGGGCAACAUCUCUUACUGGUCUCCUCAGGUCUUGGUCCAACUGGGCGGAGAACAAGACCACCUCUUUUCAAAGCGAGGGCGUGCCGCCGAAGCUAUGGUUUUCGCGGACACUGGACUCCACAAGCGGGCCUCGUCUGCCAGCGCUAUACCAUCGUCUGGAAAAUAGGCUUUACACCCCUGAACUUCAUUUCAACCAUCUCACUGGCCGCGACAAACGUCAGAUUGCCGAUCUUCGCAACGCGUGCGAGGCCAGUGGGUGUCGCGUGUUGCUUGCCAACCUGAAUCAAGAAAUAGAGGGACCAGUAGAUGACCUCCGGCCGACGAAACGCCUACCGGAAGGCGAAUUCUACAAUAUUGGCACUAUCAUUUACCGAGAUUUGAGCCUAUUAAAAGUCAUUGAUAUCGAUGGGAGCGUCCUUAUUCAUGGACACGUAGCCUCGAAGGAUCUGUGCACGUAUGAUGUCGAUCUUGACCUCGCGGGCGAGCCUGACGAAGAUGCGCCGUUACAGCAAACUUCCGCUGGGCCUAGAGUUGGUUAUCAAAUCUAUGGCCAUAGCAUCGCUGUUGUUGUGCCAGACUCGUUUUACUUUCCAUUUCUACUUCAUGCAGCAGGCCAAUCACCGAAGGACCGGUUUAUUGAUAACAUCAAAGUCGUGUGGGACGACUUGCACGGCGCAUUCCGUGCAAACCCUGAGGAUCAGAAAUUGCGCAACCAGAUGAGCGAACUCUGUCGCAUCGUGUUUGAAGACCAGAAAUGGCGCAAGCAGAUACUCGACGAGGUCAUAUGGGUUGCUCUCGAGAUCGGCGAGUUUGAAGUUGUGAAGCGGGCUUUGAACUCUCGCGGAGAGCAAGCCGAGGAGCUGGCGAAACGCUUCGGCGAAGUCAUCUAUACUCGUGGCAUUGAACAGAUGCAGCCUGUCAUUGAUCACAUAUGGCGCUUGAUUUCAAGUAGUCCCAUGGGACAUAUCAUGUCGCUUGUGCAAAUGCGGUCAACAUGGACACCUCCUGCAGCCCAUCAUACGCCUGCUAAAGCGAUAGAAUGGUACGAAAGCACACUUGCUAUGCUCUUCGACCGGCUAGAGCAAAAGGAUCCUGUUUACCUGGAUGCCAGCGCCGGAUCUACUCUUGCACAUGCUGUGCCACACUUUCCAGAAUCAUUUUUCGAUACAAGGGUUGUUCCUUUCGCAAAAAAAGUGGCAUCCAACACUCCUUUCAGCCUUGCACUUAUGACAGCCCUCUUUAUGAUGUACGAGAGAGGCGAAGUCGGACUUCCGGGCUCGAUUCUCGAGGUAUAUCAAGACCUCAUUCCGGCCAUAUUCAGAGAUUUCACGAUCUUUUCUCGUCGAUUUUCCCGACAGCCAAACUGGUACAGACCAGAGCAUUUUGUCAAUAUCUACCACGUUGCCACCUUGAUCAAAUAUACCCGCACCUUGGGCCUCGACAUAGCUGAGCUCCUCAGUAUACUUGAAGAGAAGAUCCGGGAAUCUCAGAAAGAACAAGAGAUCUUCAUGCUGUUCGCCACCCCGCUUCUGAGAAUAAUAUGCCAAGGCCUGCGCAAGAAGCACGAGGGAGACGUUUCCGCGGCUGUCGCUAGCGAAGAAGCAGCCUUCGUAAUCCGCGUCAUGAAGUCUUACAUAACUCCAAGCUCUGGUCCGUUUCCUGUAACUCCGCCCGACUGGCGGCAGUCCAUUGACAACGUAAACCCAAGCUGCUGUCCGGAUUGUGCCGAACUCCGCCGCUUUGUCGAGGACCCGGUCGAACACCAGAAAGAUUUCUGCAUGGUAGCACGCCGGAGACUCCACAUCCAAAGCAAGCUCAACCGGCACCUUGUGUACUUUACCGUCCCUGAGGGCUCGCCACGCACGUUACGGAUCAUUAAAACCCAUGAUCGCAACUCCGAGCUCCGAAAUUGGUGGAAGGAGACAGCUGCGCGGCAUCGCGGGGUGUUGGAGUCGCUCAACGAAGAGAUCAAGCUUCGCGAGACGAUCGGCGAAACCGCAUACCAAGACAUCUAUGCUUGUAUCGCUGACCCUGAUGCCGAACCAGGGCAGGACCCGAGUCAAGCCAAUAAUGAGCAUUCAACGUUUGAGGACCUUGUCCGGUCGAACCUACAGGCGCAAAAACGACUUCGUCCUCCCAGCCCUGCGCCAGAGCCGGCCAAUCCACGGAAAAGGGGACGAGGCGACGACGACGAUUACUGGUACUAUUUGGAGAAUCCUAGCGAACGGUUUCGUCCCCGGCCUUGA